AUGCCUCUUUCCGGACACUGCCUUUGCAAAGCCGUCACGUACACCGUGGACGUUGAAGCUCCUUUGAUCACUGCUUAUGAUCACUGUGACGACUGCCAGCGCCAAACUGGCUCUACCUAUUCUCUGGUUACUGUUGUUCCUAAGGACAAGCUGACCAUCAAGGGACCUACCAAGAGCUGGGCUGGCAAGGGCUCCUCCGGCCAUGCUGUCCACCGUAUUUUCUGUUCUGAGUGUGGCUCCCCGAUCGCCCAUGAUCCAGAUGCCGCUCCCGAGAUCAUCGCUCUCAAGGCUGGUACCCUGGACACUGAGAUCAAGAAGAACCUGAAGCCCGACACUGAGAUCUGGACUGUCAGCAAGCUUCCCUUCUGUCAGGAAUCUCUUGCCCACCCCUUCAAGCACAUGCCUGAGUAA